CAACAAUGUCAUUCAGUCUCUCGAGUAUCUUCUCAAUAAACCAAACACCUAUACGUAUCUCGUCGGCAUCGUCCUUGAACUCAUCAGCGUCGCCAAAGUCGUUGUUUGCAACAUCCAGACAUGUCAGGCAGUUGAUGACCACGGCAGCAUACCGCUCCCCAACCACAUGAGCAAGAGUCGAGCCUGCCUGUCCGACGAAAUAAUCCUUGAGCUUCCACCCCGUCAGCCCUUGCAUGGCCGACUUUCCACACACGCCCACUCCGACAUAUGCCUCUGUCGACCGCGGGUACACUAGGAACGAUUCACCAAGCCCCAUCUCCAGCAGCACCACACCCAGGCUGUACAUGUCAUGUUGCAUCGAAUAGACGUCCCUGGGUCGCUCUCCCUGUCGGCUCGGGUGGCGGUACAUCUCCCGCUCCUGGACCACAUCGCCCGCUUGCACCGUCGCCCCGACUGCCAUACGGAAGGCACCAAACCCGACCAGAAAGGCCCCCUCGGGCGCCACUAGCACUGAUUCCGGGCAGAUGUUCUUGUGCACAAAGCCAAAGGUGUGCACGUCGGCCACGCUUCUUGCAAGUUGCUGCGCGAGGCGGAUGCGGCGCGAGAGAGUGAGACCUCCGCCGCUCCCUGACCCCCUCAGGAGCUCGCCGCGCAGGCUCAAUGGCGGAUUGCCGAGGAACGCUGGCGCAUAGAGCACGAGAUCGUAGCGGACGAGGGUCGGACUGUCGUUGCGACUGAGUACGCGCACAGCUCCCUUACUCCGCAAGAGUCCAAACGCGCUUGGGUCAGCCCGCGAUAGCCUCUGCACCAACUUCCGCACAUCUGCCUCGAACGCCACCGAGUCGAUCCCUGGGUGGAGUGGCAGCGGGUCGACUAUGAAGCGUCUGGGCGCCGCCAGCUCUGUUUUUGAGGUACCGGGUUGGAGCAGCGUUGCCAGCGCGGCCCUGGAGAAGCCAAUGGGUGUCGUCAUCAUGUGACUGUUCGUUGGCAGGAAUACACGCUUCUGCUGCUGCUGCUGCUGCUGGGUGGCCGUGAUUGCAAGACGGACCUCAGCCGCGCGCGAGAUGGGCGAGACUACUGCUGUCCCCAACGUGCGGGUGUGUGCAAGAUCCGACUCUUUUUGUUCCUCGCCGUAGGCGCGGAGCUGCUCGUCGACGGCGGGGCUGGCGAGUCGCAUGAUGAGGAACCAGGAGGGGUCGAAGCGGCGCUGCCAUGCUUCAAGGUCGGCGAUGAUUUCAUCAAGCGUGUCCUUGUGCAAUGCGUAGCGCACCCGGCGCACCUUGCCUGUCAAGAAGGCUCCGGCCCGCGACGCGGAGGCGGCAGCGGUGUCGCGGGCGAGAAGGCGGUCGAUCUUCGCGGCGGCGAGGGAGAGCUUGGUGGCCAGGAUGGCUAUGGUGUUGUCGAGGAUGCGGCAGUGCUCGGCGUCGAGAUCAUUGUGAAUGCGGCCGAUGAAGCAGAUCUGGUGGCGGGUCUGCAUCCAGGAGUGCUCAACGAUAACGAUGCGCUCGGCGACUUCCUCGUUUGCGUGCUUCCAGCUACUGCAUUUUUCGAGGAUGAUGGCGCCGUACUUGACACAAGCGUCGACUGCGGUAAUAGCCGCGAUUGGGUCCAUUUUGUUUCGUUCCAGAUGCCAGCUGCAAGUGGAUGAUAUAUCAAUCCGUUGAACGUCCUGGACUAUACACCAUACGUGCGUCUGUCUACAUUUAUAAUACGCGCCUCCGUAAGUUAUGAAUGUGGCAAGAAAGUUCCUCACUUCAGAUACGAAGGUAUGGUCGGGUGAUCGUCCCUCCGUCUGUGCUAUUUCUUCGUAUUCUCGGGGGUUGGAACCUAUCAGCGUGGGAGCAACUUGAUCUUAGAGCUGAAGGCGCCUGUAUGAUUGUCAACCCCUCCACAGCCUUGUUACUCCCUCAUCCAUAACACGCACCACCUGCCUCGCUCUUCCUUCAUUUGAUUACACUGUUCGUAAAAGUGCUGCCGCUGCCGAGUCAACAUGAACUCCAUCCACAACUCUCUCGUCAGAGAUACAAUGCUUCACGCCGUCGUCACUCCCACGCACACCGAGCACUCCUUCAGCGGCCGCAAAGAGACGUGGAUUCGCAUACGCGAGCUCGGUCGCGGCGGCUGCGGAACCGUCUGGUUGGAGAAGUGCGACAAGGUGCGUGAGGACAUACCGUCAUUGCGAGCGGUCAAGCAGAUCCGCGUGGAUGCCCGGCAGCCUGUCGAUCCUUCCAAGGAGCUUGAGGCAUUUGCCAAAUUUUCCCAGCCUCGUUUUGAGCCCUUUUUCGUCAAAUCGUUCGGUUGGUUCGCCACGAGCGACUCUAUCUUCAUCACAUCAAUGUAUCACGAACUCGGCGAUCUGGACGGCUUUCUCCAACAGCCUCUGCCUGAGGUCGAGGCGAGGCUUAUUGCGGAGCAGUUGCUUGAAGGACUUUCGCACAUGCAUGACAAUGGCUUUGUUCAUCGGGAUCUCAAGCCUAAGUGGGUGGUCCGGAUCACCGACUUCGGAAUCACAAAGAAGUUUGUCGACAAUGCUACGGUGAACCACACGGUUACAGGAACGCCGGGUUACAUGGCACCCGAGAUUUUCAAUUCUUCGCUCAAGGGUCCGCCACCUCUGAUUGACAUGUUCGCUCUCGGUUCCAUGAUCUAUUUCAUGCUGACCAACGAGUUGCCCAUCCGCAACUGGCCGGAACUUCAGCAAUAUGGUACACAGCCUCAUCGCCGAAUUGCCACCAACUAUCACGGCGCGGAGGUUACCAAGGAGGCCAGAGACUUAGUGACAGCCUUGCUGGCUCGGUCACCUAUGGAUCGCCCAACGGCUGCGGCAGCAAUGAUUAAUCCGUGGUUCGAGCAGAAUCACGGCGACGAAGCGGACUGGAGCGAUUACGAGUCGUCUGAAGAAGAUGUGGCCGAACUUGGUGUCCAUCUAAAUUCGAUGAAUCCGUGGCGGAAGCCCGGCGGUUCGCAGGUUGUGCCGCUGGCCACGAAUGCUUGGAGCACUGAGCCGCCGUCUUCCAGCGGGGCAAUGCAGGCUACCAACACCUGGAGCACUGAGCCUUCCUUCCGCCCUGAUCCAGCACGAACCCAGCCUGUUCGUCAAAGUCGGACGUCUAAUGCCCUUCGAAACCCCUCAGGCUCAGUACCCGCGUCGAACCUUUUCCAGACGCAAGUAGCUUCUACCCCGUCAAGUCACACAAGCCCGCACCUUGCUUCUUCUCAGCAAUCACCACCGUUGGUUUCACCACCAAGCACCCACCCUAGCCAAAAUCCUCCUGUACGCUCGCCGCAGUCCACUGUCGGACAAGCUCAACUUGUCAAUCCCGUGCCCAUGCCGACCCAAGAGAUUUUUUCCCUCUGA